GCCCUGGCUCUCAUGGAACGGCUUGCGACCGUCCGCGCGCGGCUGCAGGAGUGGGAACGCGCGUUCGCGCGGCUGCACGGGCGACGGCCAGCGCAGGAGGAUGUGGAGGCGGCCCCUGAGGAGACGCGCGCGCUCUACCGUGAGUACCGUAACCUAAAGCAGGCAGUGCGUCAGGCCGGCGACGGACAGCGCAUCCUAGAGCGGUCACCCGCCAAGGCAGCUGAGGAGGCACAGGAGCCAAGCUGCUGGGGUUCCCACCUGAAUCGAGCUGCAACCCAGAAGGCACAGUCUAAGCCGAGACAGCGCCCGCUGAGUUCGGUACAAGACUAUGGGAAGAGGCUUAAAGCCAAUCUGCAAAGCACACUAAAGGCUGGGUCGACCCUGAGCCGAAAAGUGCAGCCUCAGAAGAGAUCCUUGUCCACGGCGCCCGUCCCAAGGCCACCAGGCCCAAGGACUGUGUCCACCAAUCCACAUGAAGCUGAUGAUGUGCUUCCCCAGCUUCCAGAGCCCCAGCCAAGGCUAGGCCAACUCCAGCAGCUUCGGGCAUCCCUGAGCCUGAGGUUAAAUUCCCUAGACCCUGGCUGGCUAGAGAGGUGUCACAACACAGUUUCAGACCUUCUCGAGGUUCCAAGUGAUGAUGGGCUUGACCUGGGUGCAGAGGAGUCACAACCGUGCAUGUUAGGCAAGGUGACUGCCGUUGAACCGGGCAUUCAUUCGGAAGACUCACAGAGCCCAGAGGCCCUAGCCCCACAGCCAGCCCGAGUUUUCUCACUGAGCCCCAAAUCCAGCAACAGUAAAGACAGGAAGCGCAAAUGGAGUGAGAAGUUGGAGGACUUUCCACAAGCCCAGGGCAGCAGUCAAGCCGAGGCUCUGUCUGAGAGAGCUACAGCACAUGAGAAAGACCCUCCUGUGCAAGUGGAUGCACCUCAGCCCUGCAACUCCUCAGAGAAGUGUAAGGGCACAGCCCACCACCGCAUCUCCUCCCGACCAGCUUUCCUGGACAGAGGGAACUAUGUUCGGCUCAACAUGAAACACAAGGCCUUUGUGCGUGCUGGGGCCAACCGAGGCAGGCUUCUCCGUAAGCAGGUAUGGAAGCAAAAAUGGAAGAAGAAAAGAGAGCAGUUUGGGGGAGGUGGACCCAGAACCACAGGCAAGGACACUUGUUUCCGGUGUGGUCAGUUUGGUCAUUGGGCAUCCCAAUGCUCUCAGCCAGGCCCCACCCUGACCAUCCAGGAGAAAGGUGGCAGGGAUGACGAAGAGUCCAUUUCCACUUUGGAAGAAGUAACACAGAGGACAGACACCACUUCCUGUCACCUCUCUGAUGAGGAAACAGAACUUGCUGGGCCAAAGGGACAAGAGCCUCAUCAUCCCACCCUAAUGUCGCCCCUCUACCCACCAGGGCCCUCGGGACAGGUAGUAGAAACCCCUGCUGAGGUAUUCCAGGCCCUAAAGAAGCUAGGGCACCAAGCCUUCCGCCCUGGACAAGAGCAGGCCGUCAUGCGGAUUCUUUCUGGCAUCUCCACUCUGCUGGUGUUGCCCACGGGUGCUGGUAAGUCUCUGUGCUACCAGCUUCCUGCGCUGCUGUAUGCCCAGCGAAGCCCCUGCCUCACCCUGGUGAUCUCUCCUCUCCUGUCACUCAUGGAUGACCAGGUGUCCGACCUCCCUUCCUGUCUGAAGGCAGCGUGCCUCCACUCAGGUAUGACCAAGAAACAACGAGAAUCUGUCUUGAAGAAGGUUCGGGCAGCCCAGGUGCACGUGCUGAUCGUAUCCCCAGAGGCCUUGGUCGGCUGUGGGGCUCGGGGCCCUGCCAACCUUUCCCGGGCCACUCAACUUCCUCCAGUUGCCUUCGCCUGCAUCGAUGAGGUUCACUGCCUCUCUCAGUGGUCACACAACUUCCGGCCCUGCUACCUGCGAGUCUGCAGAGUGCUUCGGGAGCAUCUGGGCGUGCGCUGCUUUUUGGGCCUCACAGCCACAGCCACUCGGAGCACUGCUCGUGAUGUGGCCCAGCACCUGGGCAUAGCUGAAGAGCCCGGUGGGUCAGCCACCGUCCCUGCCAAUCUGCACCUCUCCGUGUCCAUGGACAGAGACUCAGACCAGGCCCUGGUGACACUGCUGCGGGGUGACCGUUUCCGCACCCUGGACUCUAUUAUCAUCUACUGCACCCGAAGAAAGGAUACAGAACGGGUGGCUGCCCUCCUCCGGACCUGCCUGUCUAUGGCGGGAGAUUCAAGGCCUAGAGCUUGUGGCCCCGAGACUAUUGCUGAAGCGUACCACGCUGGCAUGUGCAGCCAGGCACGGAGACAGGUUCAGCAGGCCUUCAUGCAGGGCCGCCUGCGGGUGGUAGUGGCCACGGUAGCCUUCGGGAUGGGGCUGGACCGACCAGAUGUUCGGGCCGUGCUGCACCUGGGCCUACCUCCGAGCUUCGAGAGCUAUGUGCAAGCUAUCGGCCGUGCAGGACGAGAUGGGAAGCCUGCCCAUUGCCACCUGUUCUUGCACCCCCAGGGUGAAGACCUUUGUGAACUGCGCAGGCAUGCCCACGCUGAUGGCACUGACUUCCUGGCUGUGAAGAAGCUGGUGCAGCACGUGUUCCCACCCUGCACGUGCACCCACAGGCCUAGGUCCGGAUCCUCACUUGAGACCAAAGAGCACAAUGGCCAACAAACAUACCCCGUACUAGGACGGGCCUGCCUGGGCCAUAAGCGGGCACUGCCAGUGCAGUCUAUGGUACAGACUCUGGACAUGACAGAGGAGGCCAUUGAGACUCUCCUGUGCUACCUGGAACUACAUCCACAGCACUGGUUGGAGCUGCUGCCCUGUACCUAUGCUCACUGCCAUCUGCGCUGCCCUGGGGGCAGUGCCCAGCUGCAGACUUUGGCCCACAGGUGUCCGCCUUUGGCUGCAUGCUGGGCCAGGUGGCCACCUAAAGACACAAGUCAGGGCAGCAGCUCCUUAGACUUUGACAUGGUGGAGCUAGCAGACUCGAUGGGCUGGGAGCUGGCCUCUGUACGGAAGGCCCUCCAUCAGCUCAAAUGGGACCAAGAACCAAAGAAAGGUGCAGCACAGGGCACAGGGGUGUUCGUGGAGUUCAGGGAGUUGGCCUUUCACCUACACAGUCCUGGGGACCUGACAGAUGAGGAGAAGGACCAGAUCUGCGACUUUCUAUACAGCCGUGUGCAGGCUCAGGAGCACAAGGCCCUGGCCAGUCUACACCAAAUAUCCAAGGCCUUCCGAAGUGUGGCCUUUCCCAGUUGUGGACCCUGUUUAGAGCAGCCUGAUGAGGAGCACAGCAAUCAGCUGAAGACCUUGAUCAGCCGCUACUUUGAGGAAGAGGAGGAGGAAGUGGAAACUGGGAAGGAUAAGCAGGAGCCUGAGCCUGGGCAGACCCAGCUUCAGGACUGGGAGGACCAAAUUCGCCGUGACAUCCGCCAGCUCCUGUCCCUGAGGCCAGAGGAAAGGUUUUCAGGAAGGGCUGUGGCCCGCAUCUUCCAUGGCAUUGCAAGCCCCUGCUACCCAGCCCAGGUGUAUGGACAGGACCGGCGCUUCUGGAGAAAGUACCUGCACCUGAACUUCCAUGCUCUGAUGCGCCUAGCUACAGAGGAACUCCUGCUGAGAGGCCGAUGACUACCGUGCACGGGAGAGUGCGAUAUGAUUGAGGCCUGAGGCAGCCACUAACUACACAGCUGGUGUCCAGCUCAUCAAGGCAAAGCUAUCACUGAGUG